AGAGAAAGGGGAAGAGAGAAGCACAAAUAUUGUUUCCAAUCUAUUUCUUCUCUCUUUCUCUCUGUCAAUAAAGAAAAACAUAAGAGAGAGAGAAGAGAGGGAGAGAUUGGUCUCCCUUCCUUUCUUCUUUCUCAUUUCCUCCGAAUUUUAUCAUAUUUUAUUCAACAAUUUCUCUGAUCGGAUCACAGCCAUCGCCAUGAACGGAAAGGCAUCGGUUUCCAAAGAACUCAACGCCAGGCACAAGAAGAUACUGGAGGGACUACUUAAAUUGCCAGAGAACAGAGAAUGUGCUGACUGCAAAUCCAAAGGUCCACGAUGGGCAAGUGUGAAUUUGGGAAUCUUUAUUUGCAUGCAGUGUUCUGGAAUUCAUAGGAGUUUGGGGGUUCACAUAUCUAAGGUAAGAUCUGCUACCCUAGACACAUGGCUCCCGGACCAAGUUGCAUUUAUUCAAACAAUGGGAAAUGAAAAAUCAAAUAGCUAUUGGGAAGCAGAACUGCCACCGAAUUAUGACAGAGUUGGGAUUGAGAAUUUCAUUCGGGCCAAAUACGAAGACAAAAGGUGGACACCCAGAAAAACACCAUCAGGGACGCCUUCAAAAUUAGCAGAAGAGAGGGCUUAUGAGCACAAACAGAGGUCUACUGAUAGAAUAGGACAUACACGUACCACCAGCACAGGGUCUUCUGAAGAGCAUAACAAACUUCAACCCCCUAUACUGAAGAAGGUUAUAUCAGUGGCUCCUAAGGUUCCUUCGGAACCGAAGCCAGUGCCUGUCCUGCCCAAAGCUGAUCAUCCACAGUCUCCAGAGGUGACACCUGCUAAAGUGGAAGCUUCACCUCCUAAAGUAGAACCCUCACCUCCUAAAGUGGAUGCUUCACCUCCUCCUCCAAAGGUUGAUUAUGCCACUGACCUGUUUAAUAUGCUUUCCAUGGAUGGUCCUAGCAGUAAUCAGCCUGAAUCAUCUCCCAGUGACGAUAAUGCAUGGGCUGGAUUCCAGGCGGCAGGAGCAACAGCUAAUGCAGAGAAGAAAAGUCCUGCUGAUUCAAAGCCAGUGGAAAGCAAACCCCAGUUGGCAUCAGGGUUAGAGGACCUAUUUAAAGACUCGCCACCAAUUUCGCAGCCUUUGGCCCCACAAAAAUCCCAGGCAACCGUAACAAAUGACAUUAUGGGUCUCUUUGAAAAGUCCAAUAUGGUUUCACCAUAUGCUGUUCACCAGCAGCAGCUUGCAUUCCUUUCCCAGCAGCAGGCUCUUCUCAUGGCUGCAGCUAAAUCUGGAGGGAUUCCGCAAGCAUUUCCUGCACAGACAAAUGGCCCUCAAUCAUUUCCUAUGCAAAUAAAUGGGAUCGCUAGUUCCCAUGUACCUAAUGGAAGCACCCCAACCCAAAGCUGGCCAAAUCUUGACUACCAAAUUCGAGGAAUGACACCAGUAAUUGGGCAAAAUGGCGCCCACAACUUCAAUCAGUUAGGAAGCAUCAAGCAGGGAUAUCCCAAUAUGGAUUAUGGCGCUUUUCCUACAUCAGGCAUGUACAGUACAGGAUCACCUGUGCCCACCAAUGGCGUGAUUGCUGGAGGACCGAGCAGGUCCUCUGCAUCUCCUGCCCCUUCGAGCACACCAAGCAAAUCCGGCGGUGACUUUGAUUUCUCUUCACUAACUCAGGGAAUGUUCACCAAACGUUGAGGCCCGACCCCAUUUCGUUUUGUUUGCAAAGGUUAAACAGUUCUCAUCGUGUUUCUCUUCAGUUGUAAACCAUUUAUUGAGUCAUUUCAUGUUUCUUCUCCGUCUUUGUGCCUGAAAUCAAUAAAGACUGGUUCUGCUGGUUUUUGUUGGUGAUGGAUUAGUUGUAUAUACCUUGUUUGAUUUUAAUGAGAGCAAUAUGCUACGCAUACUUUAUUAAGUGGAAGGAAAAACUCUCAUAAAGGAGAGUUAAUAAUACUAGAUACUAUUCAUUAGUGCUAUGUGAAAGUACUAGAGAAAGAAAAUUACAGUGUGUCUGAAGUAUAUGAUAAUUUAAGAAAGAAAAUGUGUGUUCGAAAUAAAAUCAGGGAAGUGGUGAACUGGCA